CAUUUUCCAAAAUUUAUAAGUCGUUUAUUUUUUGUUCGUUUCGGCGCUUCGAUAAUUCAUAAUAGUUUGACGUUAAACGGUAAUCGCCAAAUGUUUCCUGACGUGUACGGUGAAGAUUCGUUUAGAAUGCCCGUUUGAAGUGGCAAGCCCGUUUGUGUGUAUCCAUACAAAGCACCACUAUGUCGCCCAAGAAACGAUCGCGGCGUGGAGGUAGGAGCGGCCGUGGCAGGGGCAUAACUAAGAAAACCGGGCAAAAUAACAACGGGCAACCGUUGGGCCCUGACGACGUAAACGCUGAGGAAGCCGACGGAGAUGAAUCAUCAACGGACAUUCCCUUUAAACAUUUAAAAUCACCCGUUGUGUCACCCAAACCAAGAAUCGAAGAGAUUAUAGAAGAAAAAGAACUGUCGUUACCUCAAUUAAAACCAUCGAAUAUUGCAGAAAAUUCCAUGUAUUUAUCAUUGUUAACCAAAGAAAAAAAACCCGGUUACCUAAUGACUGACGAUGAGUUAGAUCACCUCCAAUGGGAUCUAGAAUCUAUGUUAACCGCCAUAAUUGUGCGGAAGCAAACUAUCAAAGACGAACUUGUCACGUUUUCAACCUUACAAAUAGCGCGCUCCCAACAAAAGAGAUCAAAGGGUUCGAGAUAUCCCAAAAUUAGACCGAGAGCAGCGGCAGAAAUUUCUCCUGUAAACGAAUGUCUUAAAUUGAGGGUCGAAAUCGACCCUUCAGCUAAGGAGUUGCCUCCGAGUAAAAAUGAUUCAGCGAACAAAUUUUGGACUCUUGUUGAACCUUACGUGGCUCCCAUAGAGAAAGACGAUCUAAAUUGGUUGGAGGAUUUAGUAAAAUCGUAUAGUUCUAACUUGAACUUGUUUGAAAUACCACCGUUGGGCGAACAUUACACGAAACAAUGGGCCAAAGAAGAAAUGGAAUUACAAAAAAGUCAAUCGUCUUGUUCACCUCGUCCAGCCAAAAGGCUUAAACUAGCCGAACGCGUUUCGCCCGAAGUGGUCGAAUUGGUGAACAAAGUCAAUUAUGUCGUUCAUGACGGCUGUAGUUAUACGCCAUUAUUGCAAAGGCUCACAGCGGCGCUUGUGGAAGAAACUCCUAUUCCUCUUGAAGACAUUGAAGAAGAACUACAAGAUUACGACGAUUCAGAAGAAAAACUUCAAGAUAUGAGCAACGUGUGCACAGAGUUUUACGCAGAACAAUCUAUUAGAAAACAGUUAAUCAAAUUAGGACUGUUGGGUCGUAACGUUAAAAUUCCGCCACCGUCAUCAACUACUCCUCCACCUCUGCCGCCACAGGUGCCAACACCACCGCCGCUGCCGCCAGUAACGACAACAACAACAACAACACUAUCGUUACCAAACUCCGAAGAUUACGAUGAAGUAUUAGAAGAGCUAAAGAAAUGUGAAGCUUCUUUGAUUGAAUUAAGAGCGAUGAACAAAGAGCACUUAACACAGCUUUGGGAGAAAUGCCGACAAGAAUAUUGUCGUCAAAUAGUAAAAAUCCAGCUGGAGAAAGUAAACGAUGAGAUUUUACACUUCAAAAGAGAAAAAAACGAAUCGUUGACAAAAGCAAAAAAAAUUACUCAAAUUCGCAAAGAAGAUGAACAAUUGUCACUGCUGUUGCAACAACGAAGCGACUAUCUUCGGCAACUGCAAAUGAUGGGCCCCGAGCCUGGUUAUCACGCCGCUUACAUAUCGGACGAUUCUGAACUCAGUGAAGAAGGAUUGUAUCCGUCUAGCGUGUUCAUAAAAAGUGAACCAGACGAAGAAAUCAAUGAAGAAACCAGUUGUGAACAACUGACCGAGGCUGACCUAGAACAACCCGCGAUUACGACAAUUAAACAGGAGAUCGUCACCAACGACGGGGUUGAGAAAGACGACGCAGGUAUCGCAGAAAGUGUGAUUUCUGAACCCAUUAUUAUGAAUGGAAAAAUGGAAAAUAAUGAAAUUGUAGAACGAGCCGACGACGACAAAAGUAAAAUUGACAACUCAGCAGACAACAUAAGCGAUCAGGAUGGUAUUUACUUAGAAGGAAUUUACCUGGAAACUGAUACGGAGUUCAAAGAAGAAACUAGAGUUGCGUUAAAAAGACAGGGUAGAGUUCGAACGGAUUUGUACGGCGAUUUAAAACGCGAUUUGAGACCGCGUAGGGGAAGGCGUGAACCUAUUUAUUUUGAACCUUACGAUGGCGACAGCAGCGAAACCGAUUUCUCCGAAUUGUCAGAUUGAUCGUGUAAGUAACGCAUUGUCAUCUCCGAUUAUAUUAUAUUCUAUAUAAUAUACCUUGUAACUUAAAUGAGCUACUAUUAAAGACAUAUAACGGUAUAUAGAAAUGGUCUCACUAUUUAUACAUUGAUUUUGUUUAAUUUUUUUCUUAAACUUAUGUGGAUAAUUUUAUUCUUUUUGUAAUAAUACAAUGUACAUUAUUAUUGAUAUAAGAUUAUGUUUUCGCGUUUAAAUAAUUAUUUUUAUAGAAUUUUUUAUUUUACUCAUACUUAUAAAACAAUACAAUGU